AUGAACGUAGAUGAAAACUUUUUUGCUUUCCUCCGGGAUAUAUUUGGGGAACAAGCUCUCACAGAAUUAAAGAAAACCGAAAUGGAGAGUUAUUUUGAUAUCGUAAGAUCACUCGAACUAAAGAAAAGAAGCUUCUCCGGGGAAUCAAACGUAAAAUGGGUAAUAGAAGUUCCAGUCCUUCUCCGGGAAUUCUGCGAGGAAACUUGCGGACAAACUCUGCAAAAACGCAUUGAAUAUCUUGGGUACAAACGAGAGAUAAUGGUUAAACCAUCAAAACUGUAUUUGAAUGCACGAAUUGUAAGACAAUGGUUUGACGGUCCAGUAACGAAACUGAUAAACCACAUUCAGAUGUUAUUAUCAGAUCCCGCAAUGGGGAACGUAAACACAAUUGUGUUGGUUGGCGGAUUUUCUGAGAGUAUAUACGUGCAAAAACGAGUCAAGGAAGAAAUACAAGGAGUGUGCUGCAUUGUCCCAGAUGAUGGUGGCCUCGCUGUUUUGAAAGGAGCCGUGAAGUUUGGGCAUUUUCCGUUUGCUGUCAGUUUUAGGGUUCUUCGGUACACGUAUGGUUUAGGUGUCGAUAAGCCCUUUGACAGUACAGUACAUACAGAGGAGUCAAAAUUCUUCAAGUCACAAUAUAACGACUGGGUAGCCAUUGAUUGUUUCAAAGUGAUUGCGUCUAUUGAUGACGAGGUGAGGUACGAUAAGGAGGUUGAAUUCAAUCUAGCUCAGGGAGGAACACAAUCCACAAGCGUUCACAUCUUUCGAUCUACCAAAAAGUCUCCCGUCUAUGUAACAGAUCCAGGUUGUGAGCUUUUAGGGACGAUUGAACUUAACCACACAAUCGAAGAUGACACGAUACAAAUAAUUUGUAUGUUUGGACAGACUGAACUCAAGGUGAAAACGAGACUGAAAAAAUCGGGUCGGGAGUCUACUGUUGUGUUGGACUGUUUGAAAAAAGAGAAACUAAAGGAAACGGGUCGUGGGAAGCAUUCUAAAUAG